UUUAGCCAAUUUGCCACCUUCGAUGAAAAAGAAAAUUGUCAAAAGAAGGCAGCAUGGGAAAAAGAAGUUAGAGAAUAGAAUCAUGGGGUACAUAGAAACCCUUAGCUUUAAGGAACCGGUCACUGUUUCAGAUGUGAACUCGUCCCUCCGCUCUAAGUUCUAUGAUUAUGGAAGAAUGGGCGAGUCUAAGCUCAGCAAGGAGAUCGAGAAAUGUAUGGAGAAGAUGGUUAAAAGACUCAAUCCUGAUAUCAAUAUAAGUACUACUUCAUACACCAAAGCAGACUUUUAUCCCCAGGGUGAUAAGAAAGAAGAUGAAGAGGUUAAGCCUAUAAAAACACUAGGAAAUGGGAAUGUGGAGAUUUUUGAUACUGAUGAAGGCCUCAUGAUGAACGUUAAAGCUCCAACCGGAUUUAUGAACAAUAUGCUCCCAUCCUUAAAAGCUAAAGAAGAGGAACUUAACAAACCUGACGAUGUUGCUUCAGAGAAGACCGAGAAGACCGAGAAAAGUGUUAAAAGUGUUAAAAGCGAGAAAAGCGAGAAUAAAGAAGCUGGCAAGAAGAGGAAAAAUGAAGAUCCAAUUGAGAAAGUAGUAAAGAGACAAAAGACCGGAAAUGCCUCUACUUUCCUCAACAAGAGGUCGUAUGAGUUGCAGUCAGACAAGAGAUACUCAGAUCUUGGAGGCAUCAAUGACAUUAUUGAAGAAAUUAAGAUGUUAGUUGAGUUUCCAUUAAAACAUCCUGAAAUAUUUAAGCACUUGGGAGUUGACCCUCCCAGAGGAAUUCUCCUCUGAGGACAACCAGGAAGUGGUAAAACAGCUUUAGCUCAUUCAAUUUGUGGUGAAAUGGGUGUCCCAUUUUACAAAAUUUCUGGCCCUGAACUGGUCUCCUCACUCUCAGGAGAGUCAGAACAAAACAUUAGGGAUAUCUUUCAAGAAGUUGAAGAGAAUGCUCCUGCUAUUCUCUUCAUUGAUGAAAUUGACAGUAUUUCUGGGAAAAGAGAGAAUAGCCAAAAAGACCUUGAGAAAAGAAUUGUAGCUCAAUUGAUUUCAAGUAUUGAUGAAUUCCAAAAUAAGGAUAAAACUGUUGUCAUUCUUGGGGCCACAAGCCGCCCUGAAUACAUGGAUACCUCCUUAAGAAGAGCAGGGAGAUUUGAUAGAGAACUUACACUCAAAGUACCAAAUGAAGAAGGAAGACUUGAGAUCCUCUAUGCUUUGACUAAGGGAAUGAAGAUCGCCCAUAAAGAUGACUUUUUCAAGGAACUUUCAAGACUCACUCCAGGUUAUGUUCCUGCUGAUCUCUUCACUCUUUGCAAAGAAGCUUCGAUCAGCGCGAUUUCAAGGAUCUAUGAACAGUUUUAUAAGGAGAAGGAAGAGAAUGAAAUUGCUGCAAAUCAGGAAAUUCAAGAAGAACCUCAGAAAACAUUGAAUCAAGUUAGUGAAGAAAUUACUGAAGACAAAGAAGAUCCUCAGGUAUCAAAAAUGGAUGAUAAGCCUAAUGAUGAUCAAGGAGAAGACCAAGAAGAGAAUCAAGAAGAGGAUAAGGAAGAGAAUAAGGAAGAAACAGAUAGAGCUGAGAUAGACCAAAGGCUUAAAGGAGUCAGUAUCGAAGAAGAUGAUUUCAGAAAUGCACUCAAAAAGGUUCAGCCAACUGCUCAAAGAGAAGGAUUCACUACUAUUCCAAAUGUUUCAUGGGAAGAUGUUGGAGCUCUCUCAAAGAUUAGAUCAGAGUUGCAAGUUAGUAUUGUCGACCCUAUCAGAAAGCCAGAAAUUUACCAAAAAGUUGGGCUAACAGCUCCAGCUGGAGUACUUUUGUUCGGACCUCCAGGGUGAGGUAAAACUUUAGUUGCAAAAGCUGUUUCAAAUGAAUCAAAAGCAAACUUUAUUUCUAUCAAAGGACCUGAACUUUUGAAUAAGUAUGUUGGAGAAUCUGAAAGAGCAGUGAGACAACUCUUUGCUAGAGCAAGAGCUUCAUCACCAUGAGUUAUAUUCUUUGAUGAGCUUGAUGCACUUUGCCCGAAAAGAGGAUCUGGAGAUAAUGUAGCAACAGAGAGAGUAGUCAAUCAGCUCCUCACAGAAAUGGAUGGUCUUGACGAAAGAAGAAAUGUAUUUGUAAUUGCUGCAACUAACAGGCCAGAUAUCAUUGAUAAAGCUAUGCUGAGACCUGGUCGUUUGGAUAAGCUGCUCUACGUUCCUCUUCCUAAUGAAAAAGAUAGACUUAGUAUUCUUGAAACCCUCUGAAAAAUGAAGCCAAUAGCUAAAGAUGUCAAAUUAGAUAAAAUAGUCAAAUCAGAAAGGUGUAAUGGUUACUCUGGAGCAGAUUUAGCCAUGCUUCUCAGAGAAGCAUCGGUAAUUGCCAUUCAAGGAUGCUUAGAUGCUGAAAGCCUAGAAUUGAAACAAGUAGACUUCGAAAAAGCGUUGAAAAAAGUUUUCCCUUCUGUCAGCAAGCAAGAUGAAGAAUCGUAUUCAAAAUUGAAAAACUCUCUCAAAAAAUCAAGAGCCCAUAUUGAUAACGAAUUGGCUUAAGAGCUCGAUUAGUGCUUAAAUUCAUUGAAAAUUGCAAAACUAUUGUU